AUGGCAUGCGACAAGGUGACGAGCUCCCUCGUUCAACGGCUCGACCAAGUCGGAGCGACGUACAUUCAUCCGCCAUUGGACCAAGUCAACGCCCUUCAGAUCAAUGGCUCAAGACCCUUUGUGAUGUCUAUCAGCGCGUGCAUUGACGUUUUUACCAAGAAGCGUGUGGCGUUUGAAGAGGAUCUUCAAGACCUCGAAGUGUUCAAGAAGCGUUUGACCAAGUCGAUCCGGUUCGGCACGACCAUUCUGGACACCGACUUGCGGAUUGGCAAGAUGCUAUAG